UCCGGGACAUUUGCCCUUUUUGUCAAUGUUUUUCUGUGGUCAAAAAAUUUAAUGGCGAGUGGAAAAUUUGCACCCGCCUGACUUUUUUUUCGUGAAAAUUCACAGCAAACACCUUAAAAUCGGAACAAUGAGCAAUCAAACAGAAUUUACAGGUGAAUACAACUAUCCGCAAUCAAUCUCCACUUUCAAAAUUCCCUGCCUGAGGACGGAAGAAGGAACCGGGCAGCAAUCUCAAGCAUGGUCGGGGUAUUCUAGUGUCCUUGAAGACACAUUCGAGCAGCAAAGUACGCCGCAUCGGUUCACCAAAGUGCAGGAUCGUCUGAAUGUUCAUAGGCAAAAUCGACCGGCUAAACGGAAGAAUGAUCCCGGAGCAAGCCUUCCGGGAGGACCCAACAAGAUGGAUGUGGAUCCAGAAGAUCCUCAGAAUCAACCCAAGAGAAAUCGAAUGUCGCAUGCGUUGAUGGAUAUGCUAGCAGAGGAUCUUCCUGAGGAACUGAAGAGUCUUAUGAGUCCUCUCAAUUGCAAUCUCUGCAACGUGAAGAUAAACUCCGUUCUGACUGCAAAUAUGCACUAUGAAUCGAAAAACCACGAGAAGAAGAUCAACAAUUGGCUGCAGGACUGGUCUAAGAAGACCGGUCAACCAGUUCCGAAGCGUCAAAAGGCCAACAAGGAGGGACCAGUUGGGCCCAAUGCCUUCCACUGUGAGGUCUGUGACAUACCUCUGACCUCCCUGGCACACGCAAGGACUCACUACACCGGCCGGAAGCAUCAACUGGUGAUGUCCGGAAGAUCCAAGCCAUCUGGUUCGGGAUAUUACAGUCCGGAUGGGAAAUGGGUGAGGCAGAUGACGAAGCCAGCUGCAGACACUUCUGGACGCUUUGGCAUUGGUGAAGCCUUUCAGAAGCCACCAGCACCACCUCCAGCACCGUCCACUUCCAACCAAUCCAACUUCUGCAGCCUCUGCAACAUUUCCGUGACUUCAGACUCUCAGAUGAAGAUUCACCUGGAAGGAGCGAAGCACAACAAACGCCUAAAGGCAUCCACAGCUGCCACGUUUCCCCCUGUGGACGAUGACACUGUGAUGGAGAGUAUCAUUCAGCAGCAAUCCGGAAACGUCACACCAAAGAGGGAUAUUUCCAUCAAUCGGACGCCUUCCGGGAACUACUACUGCAAUGUCUGCGACAUUACUGUGGCCAAUGAGCAUCUCUUCAAUCAACAUCUCGACAGCAAAAAGCACAUGAAGAAGCUUAAAGCAUCCCAAUCAUAAAGAAUCCUGAAUUAUCUUGAAAAUCUUACAGGUAUCCCCUCAAUCCCUGCAACACACAUGAAACAAGCGUGAAACAUGAGAUUAAUUUGAAAUAUGAAACAUGCAAUUUUUGAAAAACAAACGUUAAAAAAGCAAAUUUGCAUAAAAUUAAUUUUACAUGAAAUGACUAUGUAGAAAUAUUUAUUUUAUUAGUAAAUAACACGUUCAUGUAUGAUUAUUCAAAUUUUGCGACCGUAUAUUUAGAUUUUAGAAAUUUUGUCAGAAAUAGAUUCUUUGAUGUUGUCUUAGAUAGAUGGACAAAAUAAAGAAUUAACACAGCUUAUAAAUUACCAA